AAUUUCGUUAGCUAGCUAGCGUUAGCUAUUUAUAUAUCCAGUUAUCGUUCUUACAGUUCUAAGCUUACGUCAGUAAAGGUGGAAGACAAUACGCAACUAAUUUCAGUGGUCUUCAACAUAUCUUUCUUAAAAUCUACUCUACAAUCCAUUUGUUUCAUUUAAUACAGGACCUGUUUAUUCAUCUAAAAAAACUUACAGCUUGGCCUCUUCAGUAUGUCUCACAACUACUCCUACAGAACCCCACCAGAUGGUUUUAGAUUACAUCAACACAUGUAUUCAGAUUCCUGCCAGGCAGAAUCUAAUAUUUAUGGACCAAGGACUAAAUCAGCACCUCAGGAGCCAAUGCACUCUACAGCAUCUUCCAACAGAACUCUGGACUCAUCUGUCCACAUGCCUGGGAAGGCCUUAUCCUUUCUCCACAGCUGUGGAUUGGAACAGAGUGACCUUACCCUGUAUGCAAAGCUUCCUGAACAUCUCAUCACAGGGGAGACACUUCCCAAACUGCUUUUUCAGAUAAAAGAACGGAAAGCAUCCAGCACUCCUUCAUCUAGGUCCAGCACAACUCCGCCUCGCACUGAUACUUUAUCUCAUGCCUGGGAAGGUAGUAGCCAUGUCAGUGCUGUUGAAUAUCCAUUACACAGGCCUGAACGUCCAAUUUACCCCCUUCCUCCAGAGCAGGUUCAAAGCUGGCAAGACCGCUGGGGGAACCCUCGAAGAACUGGCUCUGCAACAAACACCAGUACAGGCUGUAAAACUAGCAAUAUUCUGGACUAUGGCCACUCCAGUAUAGAGGACCCAUAUUAUAAACAAACUUACAUUUCAGCAGCACCAGAGACUUCUUCAACUGUUUCACAGUCUUAUGGUGAUUACAGCAGAGCACCCAGGCAUAAUCUUGAGCCUUUACAUCCUGUGUCAUUAGACCCAUUUCUUAAGGUACCUACCAGGAAAGAGGCAUCAGACUUCCUUGGCAGAGUUCCCCCAGUAUUUCCUUAUGCAUGCAUUCUGUGUGACAUUACAGUCCUUUCAGAAAAGGACUGGUCUGUGCACAUUAGAGGUGCUCAGCAUGCUAACAGUCAGCUUGAACUUGUGGAAAAAUACCCACAGUGGGACCAGCAAAUUGAAUCUGCUAGAAGGAGUGAAUGCCAGGUGACACCACAGCCCAAAUACAGUGAAACAAAAGACCUAAAUAGAGAAUUAUUCAGACAAGAGACAAAGGCCAAAAUAAAGACCACACCAGAGAAUGAUAAAGAUUGGUCUGUGCAUAUUAAAGGUUCUCACAAUGCUAACAGUCAGCAUGAACUUAGAGCAAAGUACCAUAAAUGGGAUCAUCAUCAUCCUAUAGAACCAUCAAAAAGGGUUGAGUGCCAGGUGAUACCACAGCCCAAAGCCACUGAGACAAGAGUGCCUACCAGGAAGGAGGCGUCCGAUUUCCAUGGCAUAAUUCCCCAAGCAUUUCCCUAUGCAUGUGUUCUCUGCAACAUUACUGUGCUUUCAGAAAAUGAUUGGUCUUUGCACAUUAGAGGUGCACAGCAUGCUAACACUCAGCUUGAACUUCUGGAAAAGUAUCCUGAUUGGGAUCAGCAUAUUGAAUCAGCAAAAAGGAGUGAAUGCCAGAAGACACUACCAACCACAUCCACUGAGACAAGAGGUGGAGCCAAAAAGGACAAUAAUUCAAAGACAAUAAAAAGACCUAACAUGAAGGCAGCCGAUAUGAAAGAUAAAGGGAAAGUGGUUUGCAUUAAAUUUGUAGUCAAUUCAGUGAAAGAAGAAUACCUGAAAAAAUUGCUUGGACAAUUUGGAGCAAUUGUAAAAGUCAUCAUGUUUCCUACACUGGCUUUUGUGGAAAUGGAAUCAAAAGACCAGACAGAGGAUAUAGUGAAAUACUUUAAUAACAAUCCUCUAGAGGUUGAAGGAAAACGGGUUGAAUUUUCAGUGUCUGGCACUUUUACUUUUCUUCAGAGUUCUCGAGUUGUGAGCUUCUCUCCAUUACCUGCUGGAGAUGGCAUCAGUUCGGAGUUAAAGGCCAUUGCUAAACGUUUUGGAUCUAUAAAAAACUCUUUGUUCCUGCCAAGCCGGGGAUAUAUUGAAAUGAGUAAUCCAGAAGAUGCACAUAAAUUAAUUCAACAGUAUUCAGCCAAUCCACUAAAAUUAAAAAGAAAAAUCAUUCAAGUCACUUUCUCCUCUGAAUAUGAAAAUCUAAAUAUGUGGUCCAGAGACCAACAAGCUGAUGACAGAACUCUCAGAUCUCGGAAGAGAUCGGGGUCAGAAAUACAUAGUUCUCAGUCUGACUCUCCAAGCCCCAAGAGAAAACAUUCAGCAGAGAGGGCCGACUCUUCUAGAACUUGCAGCUCGACAGAGGAAGAUGAUAAUCACGAGUCCAGGGAGAGAUCCAGGUCAUCUUCAAGGAGGUCAUCAGUUUGUUCACAGUCUCCUGCUAAGGAUAGUCUUUCAGAGUUAUGUGAGUAUGCUGAAGUGAAGACGAGUGCCAGCAAUGAUGAAGCUGCAAUCAUGGAUUCAGACAGUGACCUUGAGGGUGUGGAGGUCAUAGCGGAUGAUGGAGUAGAAUUGCAACAUGACUUUGAUUUUGAUGGUGAUGAGCCCAAAACAGAGCAUGCACCAGAAGACAACCAGAAGAUGGACCAAGAGCAAAACACUUGUGAAGAAGCAUCUCAGCAGGAAGAUCAGGCAUCUAGUACCACAGUCAUGGAUGAGCAGGGCACAUCUGCUGGUGUAGAGGAAGUUAAAUAUUCAAACAUUCAACAACAAGAGAAUUUUCCAUCAGACACCAUGGAUGUUCCAAGUAUUCAUUCAAAUGUGCAAGUAGAAACUUUAGAAGGUGCACUAAAUGAUCCAUUGAAGACAUCAAACAGUCUUAAGAUACAAAUACAUAAAGAGCAAAAAGGCCAAGAUGUGAAAAUUGAGGAGGAAGACUCUGAUUUAGAAGAGACUCUUGAAAACUGCAUUACCUUAGAUCAGCUUGUGGAGGAAAUAUCUUCUCAUUAUCAGGAAUCGGAUGAACUAAAGCCCUCAACUCAGGAAACUGAGCAGCCUUUUGGCAAAGUUCUUGACAUCAGAAAUCUUCCUACUAAGAACUACACAGACUUGGACUUUGUGAAUAUUGCAAAGAGAUAUGGGGAAGUAAAGCACUAUUUGUUGUUUCACAGUUGCAAAAAGGGAUUAAUUGAGAUGGUCCAUGCCUCUGAUGCUGAUAGAAUUGCAGCUGAUUCCAAAAAUCAAGAUAUUGCACUACGUGGUAACAUCUUGAAGAUUAAAGUAUCUGAGAAAUAUGGCAGUUUACCAACAACAAGGCUUUCUGCUCAUUCUGAUUCUGAUGAAGAGCAAGGCAGUAAAGGAGCGAAGUCUAAGGCAUCCAGCAAUAAUCACAAUGGAGCUUCAAAUAGGAAGUCGGUUUGUAGCUCGGAUGCUGCAGAUGGACUAAUGGCUGAACUUUCAAAUGAACUUCAAAACCGAAGAGAACCAGUUGGGACAGAAUAUGUCCGUUCUGUGGUGGGAUACUUUUGCGACUUGUGCAGUGUGAUCUAUGCUAGUGAAGAGGAGGCAAAAAAUGAGCACUGUAGAAGCCCAUCACAUAAUGCAAAACUAAAGGAGCACAUGGAGAACAGUGGCUCAGCUUGAAGAUUACAGUACAGAGUGGAAAUCAGAAUGUAAUAUGUACAAAACAAUAUAUGUAUCAUAUGCUGUACAGAGUAGUUUUCGCUUGGCACCAUAACUUUAUACAACUCCAGUGGGCAGUUAACCCUAUUUUUGCCCUGACUAUUGCAAAAAGGUCAUGCACUUUCCCACAUCACUGACAGUUAACAAGUGUGAAUCUUACCUUCUCAUCAUCAUGUACAGUACUCUUGUAAUUCUGUUGCCGUGCAUUCGUUCUUUUUAAAUAAAACAGCUGAACCAAGCUGAAAUCCUA